UUUUAUCAGGCAGAAGUCAGAUGCUCACCGCCGCGCGAGUGGAAGGACAUUUAAUCCUAUUUACUGACAAAUAAUGAACAUUUUAAGGCUAUGAAAUGGUACAUGAGAUAUUUUAGCGAUAAAACAGCAUAAUAAAACGCCUUCAGACUGUAUAAUGCGUUUGAAAACGACUCUUCUGCUGUAAAGUGACUGUGAAGGAGACGAGGAAGAAAUCAAUGGAUCAGCAAACUGUAUCCAAGAGAUCCAAAUGAUCAACAGCAGAUGUUUUUCCAGAGAAAACGGCUGGAAGCUGUUCAAUGACGAAUCUGAACUGCUUCGGGCGUCACCGCAGACGGACGGCCCCGCAGAACAGCAGCAGAAAUGAGCUGUUUGCGCCACCGCUUCAUUCCAGGAUUAACGGCUGGUCUCUGCCUCUGCACGGCUUCCAGCUCGUCGCCUGGCUCAUCUACUGCUUCAUGGCCAUCGUCGGCUUUGGUGUUUACAUUCCUCUUCUACCCGCGCCGUGGAGCUUUGCAGCGUACGCCCUGAUCGGCACAGCGUUUGUUCUGCAUUUGGUGACUCACGUGGUGGCUGUAACAAUUGACCCCGCGGACGUGAGUGUUCGGAGGAGGAAGGAUUACUCCAGCCCCAUGCCUGUGUUUGACAACACCAAACAUCAGCACGUCAUCGACAAUCUGCACUGUACGCUGUGUGAAGUGGACGUCGGACCGAAAGCCAAACACUGCAGCACCUGCAACAAAUGCAUCGCAGACUUUGACCAUCACUGCAAAUGGCUGAACAACUGUGUGGGAGGAAGGAACUACUGGUUCUUUUUCGUCACCAUCUCCUCUGCUGUCAUUGGGAUGAUCCUCCUCGUUCUAGUGGUCUUGUUUGUCUUCAUUGAACACUAUGUGAAUCCUUCUGUCCUGCGUACCUCGCCGCAGUUUCAGACUGUGAAAGGCAACAACACGUGGCUGGUUUUCCUCCCGGCGGCUCCUUUGGAGACGGGCUCCAUCAGUCUGCUGGCGCUGGCCUUCAUCACCAUCCUGCUGGCUCUGGCCGCUCUCUUACUGCUCUGCCACUUACUGUGCUUCCAUAUUUACUUACUGUCUCAGGGCAUCAGCACUUACGAGUACAUCGUCCAGAAGCGUCAGACGCCGAAUCCUAAAGAGAAAGAGCAGGUUCCUCCGCCGCUGCCGUCUAACGGAGCCACCGCACAGAGUCUGGGGCCGCUGGAGUCACCUGUGAACUGUGACGCUCCAGUAUCCAGCAGGUCUUGUACGUUCAAACUGGAAGAUAGAGGACAAACAUCCAGUCGCCUGCCAGAACCCAUCUGUGCUGAGAUGGAGGAAGUGAGUGGAGAGAGACAUCUGGACUACAGCUCUAAAUCACCAACACAGAUGAUUCCUGGUGAGCCUGUGAUGUCACUUCCUAUGGGCUGGAAUCCCAGCGGGAUAGAGAAGCCUCAAGCCCCAGGACAGAGCGUCGUGAAGCCUGCGGAGGGAAGGCCGAUCGUUCAAGACCCGCUUGGAAGCUCCAUCAUGGACGCAGCCGUGGUUCAUCAGCAGCUGAUGACGGAUGCGCAGACGCAGGCGAAAGAGCAGAUGCCAUGAGUUAGAACUCACAAUCUGAUGCACACGAAAAUGGCAACAUCUGUUUGAAAUCUGGCCUUACUUCAAUCUGAUUGACUGACUUUAUGCAACUUAAAUAAGGAGAUAUAUGUGUAUGUAUGUAUGUAUGGAUUCAACAACAUUGUUUUAAUGAAUGUAUUUUAAUGAAUCCUUUGUUUGAGGCACUUAGUAGCAUAUAAAAUUAGAAGCACAAUUUUUAUAGAAUAAAUGUUUACAUGUUUGCAUCAUAAACAUGUUUAUUACACAACAAAAUCACAUUGUGAAGUCUUGAA